AAAUGCCACAGUCUCGCGUGAUGAGAUUUGUGGGUUCGAGAUUCUCUAUGAAACGCAAGGCAAGGAUAUUGGCAAUAAAUAAUAGGAGUUUGAACUUCUUCCCCAGUAUAUUCAAUCCCAGCGCGGCUCUACCGGCACUAGAUAUUCUGUGACAAAACCGACAGCGAGAAAGCUGUAUAGAGGAGAGAACAUGCCGGAACCCUAACUUCCGCCCUCCCUUCCGGAAUCUCAAGCUCACUGACAGUGAGGGGCCUGGGGAUACAAGCGCAGUGUAGCCCCCCGAAACCCACCGUGCCUGCAUGACUCUCAACUCCCAUCCCAAUGGCUGGCCUGCUGCUGCCGGCUCAUGUGGAUCCAGUUGUCAAUUGUGGACUUUAUAAUCGCUUGCAAUCACCCCUUCGUGUACCCAAUGGGAACUGUCUUUCCCCAAAAUGACAUUACCUGUACCUUCGUGUUGGCAGCGUUUUUGUUGUGAAUGAACUAUAUAACACUUAGACUCUUUUGAACUUUUUUUUUUCUUUUCGUGGCAUUACACGUUGACCAAAUUCUAUCUAUCUAAAUAUCUAUACGUACUCAUUAGUGAAGCAAUCAUGGCAGCGUCCAACUGGGGACUUAUAAUGAACAUAGUCAACAGCAUUGUGGGGGUCAGUGUGCUGACAAUGCCAUUCUGUUUCAAACAGUGUGGCAUAAUCCUGGGCACUCUGCUUCUUAUGUUGUGCGCCUGGAUGACCCACCAGUCCUGCAUGUUCCUGGUGAAAUCGGCCAGUGUCAGCAAACGUCGGACAUAUGCUGGCCUUGCUUUUAACGCCUAUGGAAAGGCUGGAAAAAUGAUGGUGGAAACCAGUAUGAUUGGGCUAAUGCUAGGAACCUGCAUUGCUUUCUACGUUGUGAUUGGUGACCUUGGCUCCUCGUUCUUCGCUCGAUUACUUGGGCUUCAGGUGACUGAAGGAUUUCGUGUGUUCCUUCUGUUUUCAGUCUCCUUAUGUAUUGUCCUCCCUCUCAGCUUACAGCGGAACAUGAUGGCUUCCAUUCAGUCCUUCAGUGCUAUGGCUCUUAUGUUCUACACAGUCUUCAUGUUUGUGAUUGUGCUGUCCUCUUUUAAACAUGGACUUUUUAGUGGCCAGUGGUUGAAGCAUGUAAGUUAUGUGCGCUGGGAAGGUGUUUUCCGCUGCAUUCCAAUCUACGGCAUGUCGUUUGCCUGCCAGUCCCAAGUUCUGCCCACGUACGACAGCCUGGAUGAACCAUCCGUUAAAAUAAUGAGUUCCAUCUUUGCUUUAUCCUUGAACGUGGUGACCACAUUCUACAUAACGGUUGGCUUCUUUGGUUAUGUUAGCUUUACUGAAAGCAUUGCUGGGAAUGUGCUGGUAAACUUCCCCUCCAAUCUGGUGACGGAGAUGAUCAGAGUUGGUUUCAUGAUGUCGGUAGCAGUUGGUUUCCCAAUGAUGAUCCUGCCUUGUAGACAAGCCUUGAACACACUUUUAUUCGAGCAGCAGCAAAAGGAUGGGACAUUUACAGCAGGAGGAUAUAUGCCACCAUUACGAUUUAAAGUCCUUACACUGGUUGUGGUGUUUGGUACUAUGCUGGGCGGCAUACUCAUACCAAAUGUGGAGACAAUUCUGGGUCUCACAGGAGCGACUAUGGGAAGUUUGAUUUGCUUAAUAUGCCCAGCUCUCAUCUAUAAGAAGAUCCACAAGAAAGGCCUUACUUCACAGUUUAUCCUGGGAGUAGGACUUGUGAUUCUGGUGAUCAGCACUUAUGCUACAUUGACUGUGACCGAGGAGCAAAAAAUCAAACCGGAGGUGCUGGAGAGAGAGGAUCUAAAGGAGGGAAAGUCUGAUCUUGAGGAAAUUCAAUCUCAGAUUUCAGAUGAAAAGCCCAUAGUGGAAAAACCAGGUGAUGACCGGGAUAAACCCAAAUUGCCUCCCAAGAAGCUAGAAGAAGAGCAAAUUAAGGGACCUAUAGAGGUUCCUCAAAAAGAAGAUGACACAAAGAAGCGGGAGGAGGUGCAGCUAGAUCGGCCUGAUCAAGGGGACAUUGCAGUACCUGUGGGUGAGGCCCAUAGACACGAGCCACCUGUGCCCCGAGAUGAGGUAGCUGUAGAUGAGAAGAAAGACCAGGAAGAAAGAGAAGAGAAAAAAGAAUCGGUGGUGGACAAUGACGAUACUGAAAAGAAGGAUAAGCAAGAGAUAAAAGUGGAAAAUGAGCAAGAAAUAAAGGACCAGGCUGAGGCAAACAAUAGAAUAAAAGAGCCUGUGCCACAGAAUCCACCACAAGAAGUGGAUGACCCAAAUAAGCAACAGCUGGUAAAUCCUCCCACCCCAAGAGUAAAGGAGCAGCCUCCAUUCAAGGACCUGGAAGGCAUUGGGAAGGAUGUGGAAGUUCCUGUGGAACCCAAGAAAAAUGCAGAGAUUGCAGGAGAGAAAAACAACAAUGAUUUUGCUAAUCCUGGAAAGGCUGUAGAGAAUCCCCCCAUUAAAGAUGAGAAAAAUGAGCAAGUUCCUGGUGACCCUGGGAAAGAACAACAUGAGGUGCAAAAUGGUGAGCCAAAAGCAGGAGAUAACCAAGCUGCUGAGCUUAGAAGGCUUGCAGAACAAGCUGGGAAGGCAGAGCUGCUGGACCAUGCAUUUUUACUACAAGUCAUUAAGGAGCAGCAGGUGCAGCAAAAGCGUUUGUUGGAUCAGCAGGAGAAACUUCUAGAAGUAAUAAAAGAGCAGCACAUGGAAAUUCACCAGCAAAAGGAGGACGAAGAGCAGCAAGAUAAACCUGAAGGCAAUAUAGGAGAGAACAAUAAGGAGGAGCUGAAAGCAGAAGCCAUAGUGGUACAAAAGCCACUAGAUGGGGACAAGGUGGAGAAUGCAGGACAACUGAAAGCCAAUAUAGAGAAACCUGCAGUUGAGAAGCCUGUGGUUAUGGAGGACAAACAACAAAAUUCCGUUUUAAAGGAAGAAGUUAAGGGAAAUGUGCCAGAUGUCAAAAAGAAUGAAGAUAAGAUUGAAGCUCCCAAAAUCAUAGUAGAGGAAGUGAAAGUGGCAGUUUCAACUGGCAAAGAGUCACAGGAUGCAAAAAAACAGUCCAUCCAGGAAAACCCUAAUCACCACCUUGACUUGGAAAUUAAUGAUAACCAUAAGCAGCAGGAGAAAGUAGUGGUGGCGAAUAAAGAUAAUGGCCUCCCAAAUAUUGGGCACAUCAUCCAGCAGGAAAAUGUAAACCUCAAAGCUCCUGUUGCACUACCAGACCCACAGGACAAGGUGGGAAAAUUAGCUCAGACUGAGCUAAAACAGAAACCUAUGAAAUUGGCUGGUGCAGGAGAGGAACAGCUUGGUGCUGUGCGAGAAGAAAAAAUACAGGUUCAAGUCCAGGGUGUGAAAGCUGCUGAUUUGAUACCGGAUAAUCCCAAGCCAGCGGCAGAGCAAGGGCUGCAUGGAAAUAAAAAGGAAGCUGAUGCACCUGUAUUAGGCCUAAACCAAGGCAAUGACAUUAAGGUUGAAGUCAAGAAAGAACACGCUGAAAAGCAAAAAGAUGGGGCUGUCCUAGAGCAUGAUGAAGGUAAACAAAACCGAGAUCUGAAACUGCAGGAUGAUCUGGAUUUAAGAAGAAAAAAGAGAGAUGUGAAUAAGGAGCAAGAAAAUGAUGCAGCACAGAUCAUCAGUUUCCAUCCUGUGCCCAACGUAAAGGUGAACGAUCUGCGUGGCGCCCUUGAGGCACGGCUCAAUCAGUUGGCUGACGGAGGGAUACAGGUUGUUCAGAGCCGGCAAAUCAAACAGUUAAUAGAUGAGGAGAAGAAGAGAUGAGCACAAAGAAAUCGGCAUCUAAUAACUUUACCAGAGAGCCCUGUAUUACUUGAUCACCUAGAAACAGUCUAUCUGUGGCUAGAACUAUAUUAACUGUGUGCGUUACAGGGUCUUUUGAAAACCCCCAUACUCCCUUUAAAAAACUUAUGUUAAAUCAAUACUGCAAGCGCCUUGUAUUGCAGAGAAGGCCGCACUUGCUGCCAGCUAGAAUAUUGUCCUUGGGGUGGAGAACAACUUGCAGCCAAGUGGCCUUUGAUGGUUAUGGUUGAGCACAGUAUCAUAGACAAUGAAAGGGUUGCCCAUUAAUAUGCUGCAGUGUCAGAAAUAGUUUACUAUAUUUAAACAUGGGCCUUGGAGCUAUCAGAAAUACAAAUGACUAGGGAGCAAAAGUACUCUUUUCCAAGGUCUAUGUGAUGUAUGUGUUGGUCACAAACUAAAAUGAUUGA